CUCCUCCGGCGCGCUCCUCGCUCCCCGCGCGGCGCGCUCGGCCCUGGAGCCGCGGAACCCGCGCGUUCUCUGGGCGCGGAGGACACGCCUGUCCUGGUCGAGAAAACUUUUCCUGCCGACUCCGUCGUGGCGGCAGUGGCAGGAAGUCGGGGCAGCGACCUCUCCCUCCCCUGCCGGCUCCGCGCGCCCCGCCGGGUGUCGGUCACCAGCGGGAGAGCAAGUUUGCGGGGCCCCGUCCCUGGCCGCUCAGGAGUCCGCCUCGCAGGGACCGCCAGCCCCGGGGAGGGCAGCGGGCCGGGGCGUAGGCCGAGGGCGCGCGGCGGCUCUGGAGACGAGGUGCGGAGCGCGGCCGGAACCCGCGCUACCGUAGAGCGCGAAGGGUGUGCAGCCCGGAGCAGAGAGCCCUCGGCGGUCGCCGGCUCAAGUCCCCAGUCCUCCGCCUCUUUCGUGUGUGGACCGUGACCUGGCCCCGAGUCUAUCGAGGAAAAAUGAAGUUAAGUCGCCAGUUCACCGUGUUCGGCAGCGCGAUCUUCUGCGUCGUCAUUUUCUCCCUGUACCUGAUGCUGGACAGAGGUCACUUGGAUUACCCUCGGGGCCCGCGCCAGGAGGGCUCCUUCCCGCAGGGCCAGCUUUCAAUACUGCAAGAGAAGAUAGACCAUUUGGAGCGCCUGCUGGCUGAAAACAAUGAGAUCAUCUCCAAUAUCAGAGACUCAGUCAUCAACCUGAGCGAGACUGUGGAGGAUGGCCCCAAAGGCUCACCAGGCAAUGGCAGCCAGGGCUCGGCACACCUCCUUCCUCUACAGUCAGCCCUUCAUGCUGACCCCAAAGACUGCUUGUUUGGCCCACAGAGCGGAAGUCAGCGCCCGGAUGUGCAGAUGUUGGAUGUUUAUGAUCUGAUUCCUUUUGAUAACCCGGAUGGCGGAGUCUGGAAGCAAGGAUUUGACAUUAAGUAUGAAGCUGACGAGUGGGACAGUGAGCCCCUCCAAGUUUUUGUGGUGCCACAUUCCCACAAUGACCCAGGUUGGUUGAAGACUUUCAAUGACUACUUUAGAGACAAGACUCAGUAUAUUUUUAAUAACAUGGUCCUAAAGCUGAAAGAAGACUCAAGCAGGAAGUUUAUGUGGUCUGAGAUCUCUUACCUUUCAAAAUGGUGGGAUAUUAUAGAUAUUCCGAAGAAGGAAGCUGUUAAAAGUUUACUGCAGAGUGGUCAGCUCGAGAUUGUGACAGGUGGCUGGGUUAUGCCCGAUGAAGCCACUGCACAUUAUUUUGCCUUAAUUGACCAACUAAUUGAAGGGCAUCAAUGGCUGGAAAAAAAUCUAGGAGUGAAACCUCGAUCAGGUUGGGCCAUAGAUCCUUUUGGACAUUCACCCACAAUGGCUUAUCUUCUGAAACUCGCUGGGUUUUCACACAUGCUCAUCCAGAGAGUCCAUUAUGCAGUGAAAAAACACUUCUCACUGCAAAAAUCUCUGGAGUUCUUUUGGAGGCAGAAUUGGGACCUGGGAUCUGUCACGGACGUGUUGUGUCACAUGAUGCCCUUCUACAGCUAUGACAUCCCGCACACCUGUGGACCCGACCCCAAAAUAUGCUGCCAGUUCGACUUUAAACGGCUUCCUGGAGGCAGAUACGGCUGUCCCUGGGGAGUGCCGCCAGAAGCAAUAUCUCCUGGAAAUGUCCAAAGCAGGGCUCAAAUGCUGUUGGAUCAGUACCGGAAGAAGUCCAAACUCUUCCGUACUAAAGUUCUCCUGGCUCCUCUAGGAGACGAUUUCCGGUUCAGUGAAUACACAGAGUGGGAUCUGCAGUACAGGAAUUACGAGCAACUAUUUAAUUACAUGAAUUCCCAACCCCAUCUUAAAGUGAAGAUCCAGUUUGGAACUUUAUCUGAUUAUUUUGAUGCAUUGGAAAAAGCAGCAGCAGCAGCGGAGAAGAGGAGUGGCCAGUCCCUGUUCCCCGUCCUGAGUGGAGACUUCUUCACCUACGCCGACCGAGACGAUCACUAUUGGAGUGGGUACUUCACAUCCAGACCAUUCUACAAACGGAUGGAUAGGAUCAUGGAGUCUCGCUUGAGGACUGCUGAAAUUCUUUACUAUUUGGCCUUGAAGCAAGCUCAGAAAUACAAGAUAAGUAAGUUCCUCUCGUCACCACACUACACAACACUGACAGAAGCCAGAAGGAACCUAGGACUCUUUCAGCACCAUGAUGCUAUCACAGGAACCUCGAAAGACUGGGUGGUUGUGGAUUAUGGUACCAGACUCUUUCAGUCAUUAAACUUUUUGGAGAAGAUAAUUGGAGACUCUGCGUUUCUUCUCAUUUUAAAGGAUAAGAAGAUGUACCAAUCUCAGCUUUCUGACUCCUUCUUAGAGAUGGAUAUGAAGCAAAGUUCACAAGAUUCUCUGCCAAAAAAAUCCGUAAUACAACUGAGUGCAAAGGAGCCAAGGUACCUCGUGGUGUACAAUCCCUUCGAACAGGAACGGGAGUCGGUGGUGUCCAUCUGCGUGAACUCGGCUGCAGUACAAGUGCUGUCUGACUCGGGAAACCCUGUGGAGGUUCAAGUCAGUGCAGUCUGGAGUGAUGCAAGAACGAUUUCACAAUCAGCCUACGAGGCUUCUUUUCUAGCUCACAUACCACCACUGGGAAUGAAAGUGUAUAAGAUCUUAGAAUCACAGAGUGCAAGUUCACACAAGGCUGAUUACUUCCUGUACAAUGAUGGAGUAGCAGAAAAUGGAAUAUUCCACAUGAAGAACAUGGUAGAUGCAAAGGAUGCCAUAACCAUAGAGAACUCCUUCCUGGAGCUCUGGUUUGACCGAUCUGGGCUUAUGGAGAGAGUGAGAGCCAAAGAAGACGGGAAACAGCACGAAGUCAAGGUGCAGUUUCUAUGGUAUGGGACCACAAACAAGAGAGACAAGAGUGGCGCCUAUCUCUUCCUGCCUGAUGGGCAGGGCCAGCCAUAUGUUUCCUUACGACUGCCCUUUGUCAGAGUGACUCGUGGGAGGGUCUAUUCAGAAGUGACCUGCUUCUUUGAACAUGUGGCUCAUAAAGUCCGACUCUACAACGUACAGGGAAUAGAAGGACAGUCGAUAGAAGUUUCUAACAUCGUGGACAUUCGAAAUGUGCAUAACCGUGAGAUUGCUAUGAGAAUUUCAUCGAAAAUAAACAACCAAAAUAGAUUUUAUACUGACUUAAAUGGAUACCAGAUUCAACCUAGAAGGACAAUGAGCAAAUUGCCUCUUCAAGCCAAUGUUUACCCGAUGAGCACGAUGUCGUAUAUCCAGGAUGCUGAACACCGGCUCACACUGCUCGCGGCUCAGUCCUUAGGCACAGCCAGCUUGGCUUCUGGUCAAAUCGAAGUCUUCAUGGAUCGAAGACUCAUGCAAGAUGAUAAUCGUGGCCUUGGGCAAGGCGUACAUGAUAAUAAGAUCACAGCUAAUUUGUUUAGAAUCCUGCUGGAGAAGAGAAAUGGUGUGAACAUGGAAGAGGACCAGAAGAGUCCAGUCAGUUACCCUUCCCUCCUCAGCCACCUGACCUCCUCCUUCCUCAACCAUCCGUUCCUUCCCAUGAUACUAAAUGCCAAGCUCUCGUCACCCGCCGUCCAGCUGCUGAGUGAGCUGCCUCUGCUGCAGUCAUCUUUACCCUGUGACAUCCAUCUGGUUAACCUGCGCACAAUACAGUCAAAGAUGGGCAAAGGCUACUCAGAUGAAGCAGCCUUGAUCCUCCACAGGAAAGGGUUCGACUGCCAGUUCUCCAGUAGAGGCAUGGGUCUUUACUGCUCUACUACUCAGGGAAAGAUGUCAGUCCCAAAACUUUUCAACAAGUUUGCUGUGGAGAGCCUCAUCCCUUCCUCUCUGUCCUUGAUGCAUUCACCUCCAGAUGCCCAGAAUCUAAGUGAAGUCAAUCUGAGUCCCAUGGAGAUCAGCACAUUCCGUAUCCGCUUGAGGUGAAACUGACUGUCAGAUUUGAGUGGAGAAACCCUGGCUUCCUUACCUUCCUUGGUUUUUACGUGCAAUAACUAAGCACAUUACUUUAGCUUCUGGCUACUGUGAGAACAUGAAUUCUGUGAUUUAUUUUUUUUUAAACCAGUCUAGUAAGAAAAGAAGAAAAGCCAUGCUUUCAAAAAGGUUUCUUUUUCUAAGUUUGUCCCUCAGAGCACCACUGUCAGCGUGAACUGACGGAACAAAAAUGAAGAAGUAUUGAACGACGACCCUCAACAGACUGUGUCUCAGGUCAAUGCCAACUAAUUAGGUUUGCAUCGAGGGCUGUAAAGAGAUUCUUCAAAAUGUUCAUUUUUCUGAUCCUUAGUUUUACAUAAAAAAGAUACCCUUGACCUAAAUGGAAAGGGGAAAAAAAAAAAAACAGAAGCUGGUGGGGGGUAGUUUGAUGGCCAAAAUAGUUGUAAUCAUUGAUCACUGCUACAAAUUUAAUUUUUUGUAAGUGUUUCAAAUAUGUGGAAAAGUGCAAUCCCUCAACCCUUAUGAUAAAUGUAGUUGAUUUUCAGACUCUUUCCCAACGGACCUCUUGACCGCCCUUCCCCACCCAUACAUUUAAGGUAAUAACUGAUUUUUGUAGUCAUUCACCAGUAGAAAGAGAGACAUAUUUUCAUUACUUGACGAUGUGGGAUAGGUGCGAUUUAUCCCAUUGUCACUGAAACGGAAGAAACAAUUCCAUUUUCGGUGCCACAAGGUGUCUUUGUACACAGCUCAUUUGGAUACAGGUGUUCCAAGGCGGGGUUUCUAUUUUUAAAUUACCAUAUCAAAAAUAAAUGUGCCUUAUUUUUUUAUAAGUCUUGUUAAGUCUUUUGGUGUCCAUAUUAAUGUUUGGGAAAGGGAGGGGUGUUGGGAGGCUGGGACCGGGGAUGGGUACUUUCUAUGACACAUAAAUUAUGUAACUUUUGCUUGAUAAUGCUGGCCACAUUCUGAUCUGUUUCAUUACAUUUGUGGUGGUGUUACUCUAAACAUUUUGACUAUUUGAAUGUACUGAGAUGUCAGAAAACAAAACAAGGAAGAAAAAUAUUGUUAAUUAAAAUAUGCUGCUGCCAAGGAAACUGCAACUUGAAGCAAGGAUUUUGUAGCACACGAGAUCCAAAUACUGUUUGCAUUUCACAGUAGUAACCAUUUUAAAGAGAGAAUGCUUUAAGGACAGGCUGUUUUAGAACCCGCGCAUGUGGCUCAUCUUGAUGUCUCUGGCUAAAGAACAUGUCCCAAACUCUUGCGUGUGGUGAACUCAGAGUGUUACUCUAGCCCAUGUACCGUCACAGGACUUUAAGUUAAUUUGAGAUCAUUGUUUCUGUAAUAUAAUAGUAGUAUUUAAUGUCUGCCUAGAAAUGGAUUCUCUGGUUGUGUACACUUGAAAAACUCUCUUCAGUGUCAUAACCUGGUUUAGUAUUAUCUGACUUUAAGCUUCCAUUUACCUCUUGCCAUUCCAAUACCUUACAGAGAAAACUCAUUUCCACCUCACCGUUUAUUCCGAUAGUCAUCUGACUUUCUGCUCAGGACACAGCUCCUACGUUCUCUGUUCUGUUCUGCUUACAAACUCCUUUGCCUGCAAUCGUUAAGGAAACAGUACCAGAGUUGACGACAAUACUGCAAGGGUAUAACUUCGUGCAAUAAGCAUAUGAUGUACAUUCCCUUCCUCGUUUGUUGGGGAAUAAGCAACUAAAACACAAUAAAGUGACUUCCUUCUGUAGACCUCUACAGACAUUGGCUAGGAUAGCCAGGAGCCAAUCCUAGGAAUGUGAUCAGUAUUCUCGUUGUAUCCUAAGGGUGCACCUUCCUGUGGGUGUUCACUGUUCACUGUGUGCUGUGGUUAAGUGUCUACAGGAAGUCUGGUGACAUGAAAUGGAGGCUGAUGCAAUAAAAGUGGAUCUGCCCUGUGUCGGUGGGGCUCUUACUCAGUGCGUGUUGGUGCCACAAGCUAUUUACUCAUAGGUGAAGCAGAAACUCUAUUUAACCAGCAAGUUUCUGCUACUUAAAGUUAUUUUCAGUCUGCGGCAUCAGGGAGAUGAAGAGAGGGCUUUUUGCCUUGGGUUAUGGUCAAGAACUAACUAAAUAAUUCAGUUUCUGUGGCACACAUGCACAGGCAGCCUCACGUCAGUCAUCUGUUUGGCUAGAUUUCAUUAUAUCUAUUGUCGCAGGUGUUCAGCGGGCCGGGGCCUUGCUUUACAACUCUCUCCCCACGUCUUGAAAUUUUAAUUGUGUUUAUUAGGUGCAUUGUUCAAAUAUCACCAUCCUCCUUUUCUAAACAAUAGCGAUUUAAGUAAAAUGCUGUAAGAUGCUAUAAAUCGUUGUAAUUCUCUUCCUGUGUCUUUGUACUUGUGCCGAAAUGUCUUCACGGGCCUUUGUCAAGAAGAAAAUGUCUGCUUUCAUUCUGAUUAUUUUGCUCAUUGAAAUCAACAGGUUUUGAUAUUUUUCUCUUGGAAGAUUUUUAUAACUUUUUGGGAAUAUGUAAUAUAAGAUCGCUAAUAAAAUAUAAUCUUAUCCUGUG